CGUGUGGCGAUAAUCGCCCGUUUGGUUUCCAGCCAAGGAAAGCAUCCGGGAAAUGAAGAAAGAACUCGAUUUGCUCUUGCAAAUGGCUGAGAAAGCGUUCAUGGUGGAACUGCUGAAGAUGCCGACUGCCAUCAGAAAGAUGAAAAGGAAGGACUUGCUUAAUUUGCAAGAAGGGGAGGAAGUGGCCCUUGCUGCUGCAGCGACAGACUGUACCCUAGAAGAUGUACCAAACCCAAAAGUGACAAGGACCAACAGCAAAAAAGUUAAGGUAACAACAAUUGUUGAAUAUGAAGAUGCCAAGUAUACAUCUGCAAAGAAAAUACCUAAAAAAGUAUCCAAAUCAAAGUCACUGGUUUCAUUGAGCUCUGGUUUAAAUAGCAAACUGCACAGUCUUUCUAGGUCUGUUUACUCUUCCACAAGCAUAAAUGAGGCCGUUAAGACUCUUGCCUCUGACUGCAAUGCCACAAAUUUCAAAGCCACGCCAAAAGUAUCAAAAGGUGCUGGACUACAACAAGCUGGCUCAAGAACUUUGCCUACCAGUGAAAGAGUUCAAGGCAUGAUACUGAGAAGUAAAUCAGUACCCCAAGAUAAAAUGGUUCCAUUUGUAAACAUUCCCUUGGCUGAUGGACAGACACUCCGUAUGGCUGGUGGAGACCUCCGUAACUUUGAUGUUCAACUACUAAAUCAAGAUACAGUACAGCACAUUCAUAACCUAGUGAGUGAGCUGACAGUAUUAUGUGGAAAGGCUACUGCUAAGUCAAGUUAAGGGAACUGCCUUGUGAUGACAGAAUAUUCAUGACUGCUCUUACUUUCCUCCUCUAAAGUGUUCAGAGAAUAUCUACGAUGUCUUAAUAAAGCUUGUACUACUGAAUAAAUAUUUUUACAUAAAAGCA